AUGGCAACGGCGCUGGAAAUUGUUGAAGUACCAGCUUAUGUUUCAGACGAUGAGGUGGAUCCCAAUGCAAUUGUCGACAAUGGAAAUCAAAAACGUAUGAAAAAGAGACAACGAAAUUGGGUAGAAGAAAAGGUGUUUAACAACACUGAAGAAGCUGAAGAGGUGGUGAUCAAAGAAAAUCAAUGGAGUUAUCAUUAUACAAAUACAACAGCUGCAGGAAAAAAGAAAUUUUUUAGAUGUAAUAAAGUCAAAGCUCGUGGUAAACAAUGUGAUGCUGGUAUAUAUUUAUUAUUUGAUUCUACAAAUGAUAAGAUUUUUUUAUUUCGUGCCACAUCAGAUCAUACUCAUGAUAGCACACAAGAAAAACCUUCAAGAAUACCAAAUGAAGUAAAAAUAGUUAUACAGGAAUUAUAUGAAUUGAAAUUGAAACCGAAAGCAAUAAUCGAAGUACUUCAUGAACGUAGAAUAACACCACCUAACAUUAGCCAAUUAAAUAAUUUUUUAAGAACCAUUAAGAAUACAAAACUUGGUCCAACUUCAAUUAGUCUUGGUGAAAUUGAACAAUGGUGUUUAGAAUCAAGUCAAUCAAUUCCAGAAUCAAUUGAUACUCCUUUUGUUGCAUCAUACCAAAUUAUUUAUGAUGAUGAUAAUGAAAAUGACGAUGUCGAUGAUGAUGAUGUUAAUGAAAACAAGUUUCGGUUUUUUAUUACAACAAAAAGACUUCUACAAAUUGCUUCAAGGUCAAAAAGAAUUCAUGCUGAUGCAACAUAUAAAUUGUUGUGGCAAGGAUUCCCGGUUCUUAUUGUCGGUACAACUGAUCUUGAUCGACAUUUCCAUGCAUUUGGUAUGUCUGUUUGUUCAAAUGAAACAACACAUGAUUUCAGAUUUUUAUUUCGUGGUUUACAAGAAGGUGUACAAAAGCUAAAUUUAGAAGAAAUUAAUCCAGAAUUUUUAAUUGCUGAUGGUGCUGAUGCAAUACGUAAUGCUUUUCGAGAUGUUUUUGGAGAAAAACCAAUGAUCAUGUGUUGGGCACACAUGCGUAGAAAAGUGAUGAAAAAGAUAGAAUCAAUGGUGAACAAAUCAGAACAGGAAGAUUUGAUAAAUGAUAUAGAAUCUUUACAACUAGCACAAAACGAACGAAUAUUUUUAAAAGCUUCAAAUUUAUUUGUUAAAAAGUGGGUGAAAAGACAACCAAGUUUUAUAGAAUAUUUCCAGAAUGAGUGGUUAACAACACAUAAUGAAUGGUAUGAAGGAGUUGGACAUUUUACACCAAGCACAAAUAAUGGUUUGGAAGCAACUAACAAUGUUAUUAAAAAGGAAAAUACACUUCGUGAACGUUUACCUUUAUCAAGAUUUAAAGUAUUAGCAUUUGAAAUUGUUGAAAAAUGGUCCAAGUCUUAUGAACGAAGUUUAAAGCAAUACAGUGACAAGCAAACAAUAUCAUUGGAAUUAUGGACAAGUGGAUAUCAAUGGGUCAAAUUAAACAAAUCAAUACUUUCAUUUUCGACUGAAUGUGAUAAUUUAGUUCAAUAUUAUAUACCUGCUGGGGAUGGAACAAAAAUUACAAACGUUGAUAUUGAUGUGAUGAAGAAAAUGAAAUGGUACUCUUUUGAUCAAUAUAAAAAUAAAGCAUUCAAUAUUUGGUGUGUUACAUUACCAACAGAUAAAUUAAAAUGGUUGGAUGGUGUGUGCAAUUGUCCAGCAUUUUUCAAAAAGUUUAUGUGUAAACAUGUUGUUGGUUUGUCAAUUCGAUUAAACUAUUGCAAACCACCACCUGCUGCUAAAAAUAUUCCAAUUGGUGAAAAAAGACGUCGUGGUAGACCAACAAAAUCCAAAAAGGCGUUGCUAGUUCAAUAA